AUGUCAGCUGGUAUAGAAAAUCGCAUAAGCAUUGAUUCAAUGAGUAAUGCAUUUACUGACACAUUGGCUUUAUCAGAAACAGAUUUUCUGGUGUGCACAUUUUCAUCGAAUAUGUGUCGUCUGGCGUAUGAAUUAAUGCAGACUCGUCAUGAGAAACUGGGUGAUGCAUCACAACUGGUUAAAUCUCUCGAUAAUGUGCACCAUUCAGAGGAUUCUCGAAAGUCAAAUUCGAGGUGCUGA